GGGUUGUCCUGCUUGGCGCAUACUGGAUUCCUAUUUCAGUUUAAUUUCUAGAGUCUUCUCUCUGAAGAGACACUCUGUCUCUCUACUAACCAUUUCUAUUCAAUUUGUAGACAGGGAGAAUGGCUGAGAGCGCACAAUCAUCAGCUCUGAACUCCCUCCAAACAAAGAAAUCUAUGCAGAAACGAGAAACGGAGGAUUUAUGUCGUCUGUGUUUGAUCUGUCGUCUGGAGCGCCAAAGAAGCUCUGGGUCUUUCUCCAAUCUCUUUGUAUCUCUCUCUGCCUAUUUUUCAAUUUUUGGAAGGAAUCUCAGUCCCUUGAGAAGAGGAAGAAAAAUAUUUAUUUUAUCAUUGGCAUCCGAUUAAGAUCAAACUAUAGGUGGGUGUUUUUCUUUUAUCCCAAAAAUUGGAGAUUGUAGAUGUUUGUGUGGUUUAUUUAUUUUUUUUUUUUCUGUUUUGUUUUCUCUCUUUUGGAGGAUUUAUUCUGAUGUAUAUUGCUUUAAAUAUUGUCUGACGAAGCAUUUAAUAUUUUUCAAAAUUUGGGUUUUUCUUGUAUAUCAAGCUUCUCAAGGAUUUUCUUUCCUUUUCCUGCCAAUUCUUUUCGUUUUCUUUUUGUUAAUUUCCUUUUCUGGGGAAAGGGUUUGCUCUAUAAAAUUAAAUUUUGUAUAAUGCCAGACAUCAGGAGUCCAAUUUUGGUUGAAAUUUUGAGUUUUGAAAAAGAGAUGAGGAAGAAACCAGGCCUGAAGCCUAGUUUAAGAAAAGUUAGAAUAACAUGGCAUGAUCCUGAGGCCACUGACUCUUCAAGCGAUGAAGAUUCUGGAUUCAUUGACAGGAGUCACAGCUUGAUCAGAGGUAAGCAGUUUGUGAGAGAGAUUACUUUCUCAACACUGCCAUAUGAGUCAAGUUCUGAAAAUUCUUCACAACGCAGUAGCAAUGGAGGCAGAAUCAGAAAUAGCACUGGGCCUGGUGACAAAAAGAAAGCUAGAGUGGCGUCUUCUAUUUUCAAGGGCGUCCGAAGAAGGCCAUGGGGGAAGUAUAUAGCUGAGAUUCGAGAUCCAUAUCGAAAGAUUCGUAUAUGGCUUGGUACUUAUAAUACAGAAGAGGAAGCUGCUGCUGCUUACAAGAAAAAGGAGGAAGAGUUUAAGAGCAUGAUGGAAGUACAGGAACAUAACAGUUCUGUGAAUGCUUCAAAAGUAGUCUCAGAACAAUCCAAUGAUUUAGUUUCUUACCCUUCACCCUAUUCUGUGCUUGAUGUCUCCACUGCAGCAUCACAAGGUGGCGGAGUUGAAGGUUCAAUUAAAGAAGAAAGCAGUGAAGACAAGACAGUGAAAGAAUGCAAUGUGGGAAGCUUGGUGGAAAAUGGUUUUGAAGGUCUAUCUAUUCCUGAUCUUUGGAAGGAGCCAGUGCUAUCUCCAUGUAGUCAACAGUUGCUUGGUGGUGAUUUCUACUCACAAUUUACGAAUGAUUUUGAGCAGUUUCCUGAUACACAAGAAUUUUUUAUGGCUAAAAGCAGUGAAGAGGUGGUGGAUCUUCCAACCAUGGAUGGGAUGAUGGAUCUUCCAACCAUGGAUGGGGAGAUGGAUCUUCCCAACAUUGAACUUGAGACUCUUGCUUUUGUUGACGACAUACUCAACUUUACAUGUCCAUAGUUUUAAGUACUUUGCACACAGUAACUAAAUAUAAUUUUGGACAACAUUGAUUGAUUGUCAUUACACAUGGAACCAUCUAAGAACAGAGAUUAGUAUCAUCUCUAUUAUGUAUGAAUUGAGAUUCUGAACAUCUCUAUUAUCUUUCAUUUCAUACAGAAUUGUAACCUACUGAAGAAUGUUCUUGUAAAAAAAUAAUAAUAAUAUUGUGUUUGAUUA